AUGAGUACUGUCACACAAGAACUUCAAACGGAAUCCAGCACUGCAAGACUCAAACUACGUCCUCAGAGAAGAUCAUCUUUUGACUUUGCAAUCCCUGAUGGUUUGAAAAACCUAUUUCCAGGUUACCGGACCCCGGAUAAUGUGUCUCCCUACCUAUAUGCUCGCGAGCAAGGAGUCCAGUAUCCUAACUACACACAAUGGGAGAUGGAGCCAUACCAGGAGCAGACGGAUAUCGUUGAUCGUGGAGUACUCUCAGAUCCCGAAAAAAAGUCACUUUUUGAAGCUGCUGAUAGUGUUAGGCACCUAACACCUUACUGCGGAACGGAACUAGUGGGUAUUAAGCUCACGGAGCUGACCGAUGACCAGAAGGACGAACUUGCAAGACUCGCGGCUGAAAGAGGGGUUGUCAUAGUCAGGGCCCAAGAUGAUCUUGAUAUCCGUAAGCAAAUCAAGUUUACCUCAUAUUUUGGCGAGCCCCAUAUUCAUCACCAAAGUGGAAUCAUCCCUGAUCUUCCAUGGGUCCACCCUGUCUACAAGGACGAGACAUCUACUAAUGGCUUGAACUCACAAGUUUGGCAUUCUGAUGUUCCCUACGAGCUGAAUAGUGCUGGAAUUACGACUUUAAGAUUUGACGUGCUACCUAGAUCUGAAAGUGGUGAUGUGCUGGGAGGGGAUACUCUGUUUGCCAAUGGGUACCUCAUUUACGAGUCUUUGGAUCCGAAGUUCAGAGAGUUCCUGGAGACUCUGUCUGCAGAAAGCAGUGGAUUUGGUCAAGCGGCACUGGCAGAGGCAACUGGAAACAAAACAAGAAGACCUCCAAUUGCAACAGUACACCCACUUGUGAGAACAAACCCUGUGACCGGACUCAAAUCUCUCUAUGUGGCCGAAAACUUUACUACAAGAAUUGUUGGAUUAGAAAAACGACUUAGUGACUCAAUUCUUGAGUACCUUUUUGACCAUGUUAGAAGAAGUUUACAUUACCAGUGCAGAGUGCAAUGGCAACAGAAUGACAUCGCCAUAUGGGAUAAUCGUUCCCACUUUCACACUGGUAUUUUUGACUAUUUCCCGAAGACUCGACACGGUACUAGAGUCAUUGCUCAGGCUGAAAAGCCUUACUUGGACAAAAACUCAAAACUGUACAGCGAGGUAAGUUUCAAAGGCUACGAGAUUUUAUAA